GCCGGGAGGGCACUACGGCAUGGAGCGGAACUUCUCGUGACGCACUUCCGGCACUGAACCUCCGGUCUGUCUGUGUUGGUGUUUGCAGAAAUCGUGUAUCCGGAUACCCCGUGGCGCAUGCUUGCUGCUUUGCGCCUGGCGAUUGCCGAGCGAUUCGUGUGAGGCGGGAGUCGCGGAGACGCGGUUGGGUUCGCCGGGUGAAAAGCCGUCUCUUCCGCCCCGCUUGUCAUGGACUGCAGUCGGGAUAGGAUGGCCGCGGUGGUCCCCGGGCAGUUCGACGACGCGGACUCCUCUGACAGAGGGUGUAUAAACAUGCCAGAACACUCUUAUGUCUAGUGAAAGCAUAGAAGUGAAGUCAAUUCAAGCAAAGGACGACAUCCUACUUAAAAACCUUCCGGAUGAUGUGACAGAGGUGAGGGGCGAAGGUGAGAUCGAUGAGGAAGACAGCUAUGAUUACGACAGUGAUUGGUACUGGGAUGAUGGAACUGGAAAACUCACCAAGGGCUGUACCCAGAAUGGAGGCAGUAACCCUCAGGCAAAUCGACAGACUUCUAACUACAAUUCAGCCAAAAUGUCUACUCCAAUUGACAAGUCCUUGAGAAAAUUUGAAAAUAAAAUCAAUCUAAAUAAACUGAAUGUUACUGAUUCUGUCAUAAACAAAGUCACCGUAAAAACUAGACAAAAAGAAGCAGACUCGUAUCGAGUUAAAGAUAAGGCCGACAGAGCAACCGUAGAACAGGUUUUGGAUCCCAGGACAAGGAUGAUUUUAUUCAAGAUGUUGGAUAAAGGAGACAUAGCAGAGAUCCAUGGCUGCAUCAGUACUGGAAAAGAAGCUAAUGUAUACUAUGCUAGCACAGCCAGUGGAGAGAGCAGAGCAAUCAAAAUAUACAAAACUUCUAUUUUGGUGUUCAAAGAUCGUGAUAAGUACGUAACCGGGGAAUUUAGAUUUCGUCGUGGCUACUGUAAAGGGAACCCUAGAAAAAUGGUGAAGACAUGGGCAGAAAAGGAAAUGAGGAAUUUAUCCAGGCUAAGUACAGCAAACAUACCAUGUCCAAAACCAAUCCGGCUAAAAAGUCAUGUUCUUCUCAUGGGCUUCAUUGGCAAAGAUGACAUGCCCGCACCACUUUUGAAAAAUGUCCAGUUGUCAGAAUCGAAGGCACGGGAGUUGUACCUGCAGGUCAUUCAGUACAUGAGGAAAAUGUAUCAGGAUGCUCGACUUGUCCAUGCAGAUCUCAGUGAAUUCAACAUGCUGUACCAUGGUGGAGAUGUGUACAUCAUUGAUGUUUCUCAGUCUGUGGAGCAUGAUCACCCACAUGCACUGGAGUUCUUGAGAAAAGACUGUGCUAAUGUCAAUGAUUUCUUUUUCAAACAUGCUGUUGCUGUGAUGACCGUUCGGGAGCUCUUCGAGUUUGUCACGGAUCCUUCCAUCACCCCUGAGAACAUGGAUGCUUAUCUCGAAAAGGCCAUGGAAAUAGCAUCCCAAAGGACCAAGGAAGAAAAGACUAGUCAGGAUCAUGUGGAUGAAGAGGUGUUCAAACAAGCAUACAUUCCCAGAACCUUGAAUGAAGUGAAAAAUUAUGAGAGAGAUGUGGAUAUAAUGAUGAGGUUGAAGGAAGAAGACAUGGCUUUAAAUACUCAACAAGAUAAUAUUCUAUACCAGACUGUCACAGGAUUGAAAAAAGAUUUGUCAGGCGUCCAGAAGGUCCCUGCACUCCUAGAAAGUGAAGCUAAGGAAAAGACUUGUUUUGAUUCAGAAGAUGCUGAAAGUUCCGAGUGCUCUGACACAGACUCUGAAGAGCAGGGAGAGAAUGCCCAGUGCAAAAGACACACUGCUGACCCUGACGUUGAUAAAAAGGAAAGAAAAAAGCUGGUCAAGGAAGCCCAGAGAGAGAAGAGGAAAAAUAAAAUCCCUAAACAUGUGAAAAAAAGAAAGGAAAAAACAGCCAAGGCCAAAAAAGGCAAAUAGAAUGCAGAGCCAUGUUGUGGACAUCCUCAGCUCCUUUGUGAACCUCAAGUAGAAGUUGUCGAUGUGAGGAUGGCUCCUUGACUAAAUCUUAGUCUUCUCCAUCUCACUGUUGGGGAAGACUGGGUGUGGUCAUGGGGCUGCCUUGAAAGCCCAAAGCCCGUAAUUCGGGAUCCAGUCACUGCCCUGCUUUUAAUGGAUUUAUUAAAGUACUAUUUUAAUGAA